AUGUCGCUGCCCACACCCACGCAGACGCUUGCAGGAGGCAAAGUCAAAGUCUACCACGUCGAUCUACACCCUUACGACGAUGCCCUCUCACCGCGUCUCGCAGCAUCCGCCUCACGCGCCAUGGCGAUGGUAUGCGUGAUCGAUCGAGCUUCUGUCAAAAACGCAGUGGACCGAGAAACCGCUUUCGCGCUGCACUCGGCCUUCGUCACCUUUGCCAACGACGACAUUCUGAGAGUGGCGAUUCUCACCGGUGCCAACGAAACGUUUUGCGCCGGAGCCGAUCUGAAAUCCAUCCUUCACUCCAAUCUCCACACCGACCAAGCCUCGACAUCGUCCCAGGAGAGCGUCGGAGAAAGCAACCUUCUGGAUGCGGAUAUGGACGCAAUCGCACCCAUGGGAGUGACACGACUAGCGAUGAACAAACCCGUGAUCGCUGCUGUGGAAGGAUUCGCCGUUGCAGGGGGGAUGGAGUUGGCAUUGUGGGCCGAUCUGAGGGUGGCGAGCGAGACGGCGCAGUUUGGGAUACUGUGCAGGUUGAGAGGUGUUCCUUUGAUCGAUGGGGGGACGGUGAGGCUGCCAGCGCUGGUGGGAGGAUCGAGGGCGGCAGACCUGGCGCUGACGGGAAGGCUGGUGAGUGCGAAGGAAGCGGAGAGCAUCGGGUUGGUCAACGUUGUCGUUCCGAGUGGAGAGGCGAGGGGCAAGGGAGGGUUUUCGAGGGUGGUGGAAAAGUCGUUGCAGAUCGCGGCGGGUUUGGCUGCGAACCCUCAGACGUGUAUGUUGAACGAUAGGGCCAGCAUGUUGAACGCUGUGUACGGGAUGACAGCAGAGACAGCAGAUCCGACGGAUGCGGCGGAUAUAAGAGAGAAGGAUGCGGGUGGCAAGGUGGAUCUCAGGCUCAAGGGAGGAUUGAGGAAGGCAAUGCAGACGGAAUUCGAGCUGGGCUUGCAGAGUCUCUCCAAGCUGCUCGAGGAAGGUGCGGUGGGUGCGUUUGUCAAUCGCUCGCAACAACAACGCCAGGCGGACAGAGCAAAGGCGAGAGCUAGCAAUUUGUGA